CUAAGAACUUUCUACACCCAUGAAAAAGAAAAAAAAUAGUGUUAGUAAAAGGAAAACAGCAAGGUCUACAACACCUUAUCACCUUAUACCUGCUGCUGCUUUCAAUUUUGAAGCAAUUUUUAGUUCAAAUUUAGUUGAUCAUCGAAUCUUAGAACCUUUCUGUCAGCUCGUAUCCCAAACCACCAACAUCCUUGCAGCAGAAAUGGAACAAUCCCCCCAAAUUAAAGUUCACUAACAGAUAGAGCUACACUUGAGAACAUACAGAAACUAAAUGAGCUGAUACCUUUAGUUUUAGAAAAAAACCAUAGAGAAUAACCUCUCCAUCAGAAUCACCAAAUCCCGAAAUCAGGGUGAGGCACUCCUUCCAAUAGCCACCCAAUCCUGAAUGCACAAUAAAUCAAAAAAUAAGUCAGUACCCGAUAGAAAAGGAAGUGCAGAACGAAAUUAGGAAAAGGAUAGGGAAAAUCCCGAACCCAAACGCCGCCUGCUCUCCUUUUCCUUCGCUUCCCAGUCGGAUCUCCGCCUCCUCUCCUCCUUCUAUCGAUGCCGACUACAUCAUUCAGCUGUGCAGCAGCCUCGCUGUUCCUCUGCCUUUGUCGUCAAUGAUUCUCCUUUCUGAAAACAGAGUAUGAGAUGACAAUACUCUACUUUCCCUCCUCCUCCCAAUUGACUCUCGCUCCUCUCCCAAUAUACUGAUUGAAAAAUGAGACUCAACGGCAGAAGAGAGAUACGGGAGAACGACGUGCUAACAUGGGAGGUGGCGUGUGAGAGGAGCUGCAUCCUCGAGAAGCAAACCGGAGUCGUGACAUGAUAGGGAAGGCUACAUAAAAGCUGGAUACGCUUUUUGCCCGUUACUGUAUCAUUUUUCGUCGUUUAGCGGGUUUCAAAAGCUUUCACUGAACGAAUUCCCAUUCACCUCUUCACCCACCUACGGACUUCUGGAUUUCCCCAAAUCCAGCGAACGUCCAUUCCUCCCCUCACCGUCCGUACCUGCAGAUCUGCAGCUUCCUCACCUCCGGCGCCCUACCGUCCUUUCACACCUUCUUUCCCUUUUCUGAAUUCUCGGAUCGCUAUUGUUGCUCGCACACGGAACCAACUUUCUCCACCCACCUGUUCCACUUCCCGGGAUGGUUCCCCCAUUCUAGAGGCCGCCCAUGCCGGACGUACGCCAACUGUUGCAGACGUCGUUCCCCUGGGCCAGCCGUACCUAUAGCAGGUCUCGGGCCUCACCGUCUUUCUGGUUUCUAGCUCUCUCACGGCACCACUGGGAUAAAUCUUAGUUGAGCACGCUACCGCCCAUGAAACCUGCUCUCCUUCAACUACUCAGCUCGAAUGCUCCACUCAUUGUUUUUUUUCCUCUCUCCCAAAAUCCAAUCCACUUCUACUUCCCUUUCCUCAUAAACUUUCGGCAUCGCUCCAUCCCCGGUUCAGCGCUUCACCCCUCUCUCUUUCCGGUGUUCACUCUCCUGCUUCAAUUCACCUCAUGAAUCAUGAGGGCUCCAUCCAACGCCGACCGACGGCGGAGGCGCAGGGAUGAUGGCGUAUGAGUAAGGAGAUGACGACCUUGGUGGCGAUGGAGUUUGGCGGUAUGUGAUUUUGGUUCUUUUUGGCGGAUUUUCAGCUUUUGAUUUCUGAUUCUGAUAUUUGGCAUUUUUGUGGGGGUGAUUCAGCCCGUCGGGGAGAGCACAAACGCGACGGAAGUGGAAACGGCGGCGCUGGCUAGCAUUUAAUCCUCAGGUCGCGGCAAUGAAAAGAAUAUCAGCGGUGGAACCCAUUCACUUUUCGUAAAUAUUAGGGAGAUUUGUUUCAGGCCGUCGAGAAGACCACAAGAUCGGUGCGGCAAGUAGAUGAGAAGGCAAUUGCGGCUACGGCAGUUUGUCUGUGGAUCUCGGUUGUGGCCUAUGUUGGUCACCUGCCUUUAGUUCAACCGGACAAAGAGAAGCAGAAACAGGGACGAUCGCCAUUUUCAUUGACUUUGACUGGGUUCAGAUUAGAAGAGUUGGAUGGUCUAUUCGGGAAACACAGUAAUCCUGGCAUGACUCCCAACUAAAUGCAGACUCAACAGCUUGAUUCAUUCUGAGUUCUGACGGUGAUUUGGAGAGGCAGAGGGAGGUAAGAAGGAUCAUGUCAUUUAAAUUUUUUAUAAUUUCUUGAUUACUACCAUGAGUUAGAGUAUGACCAUGAAUUAGCUUGGCAUGCAUAUAAGUUGAACUUGAGGGUGUUCCUCUUGGGUUCCAUUUGAUACAGCAAUCUGUUGAGAAAAGGAAAGCUUAGUUUGCACCUUUCAGAUCGAAGGUGUAGGUGCCUUUAGUGGUCAAUGGAUGCUUUGAUCGCAUGUCCUGAGAUUCGUAUUCGUAUUCCAAUUUGAAUUUAUCUUUCCAAUCCUUCUAUGAGAUUAUGUAUUGAAAUUUGUUGUCUCUUGCUAUCAUUCCUGAUGUUUGAUUUAGAAGAAUAGAAAUGGGAGAUAGAAUCUUGCAAAUGAGAAGAACAAAGUUAAGCAGGGUUGUAUGUGGCAUUUAGAUUGUAGUGUAUGUGUAGAUAAUUCUUCCUUAGAGCUCAAUCCAUCUUGCAGUUUUUUCUAUUCUGUGUGGGUGGUUAUUUCCCCUUGCUGCAUUUCAUGCAACUUGGGUAACAUACAGUGAUGUUAUCACCAGAUUAGGUGGUUGUUCUUUAUGUUGUUUUAAAAACUUUUGCGUUCCUUUCUUAAUCAUUUGAUCCAGGCUUUGACAUGGAAAAUGCAGCCACAUUUUUAACUGCAAUCAACACUCAAUCUGGGAGUCCAGGUUUCACAGACAAAUCAUGGAUAUUCAAUGAAUUUCCGGUUGAAGGGGCUUGGUUAUUUGCUUUUCCAGUUAUGCAUUUCGGAGAAAACAUGCUCUUCUGGUAAUGCUAUGGGAUUCGGAUUGCUUAUGAUUUGGUUCUAUGAUCAUUUUAAUUAUUGAGUCCUUAUGCUACUAUUUUGUGCUCUUUGACCAAUCUCAUAUGGCUUACCCAGCCUUAUAUUCUGCUUUUUACUUGACAUAUAAACUACAAUAUGUAUUUUUUUAUGCAACCUAAAACUUCCGUUAAACAUGAUGUAGAAGGAUGCUGCCGUGGUGUGUUCCCUUUUAUGAACUUCAGACAGUUAUUUAAUUGAAUAUGUUGUUAACUGCUAUCACAUCCCUUCUUACUGCCUUAGUUUUAUAGACGCAUAGUUUCUGUCUUUAGUUACUUCUUCAUGAAAGAUUGACAGGAGCAUGGGGUAAGAUGGUUGAAUGUGCCAUACAACUUCUAACCUUCAUGAACAUAACCCGCUACAAUAUCACGAUUGAUGCUAAAGACGAUAAACUAAAUUGGUUAUUUAAGUGUUGCCGAAUAAAGUGCGAGCGACUAUCUGCUGCAAAAUGUUUCAAUUUUCUAUAGAAUAAUAGCUUCAGAAGCUUUGGAAAGCUGCCUUUUCAGAAGCUUCAUGGUUUUCAAGUUGAUAUGCACACGCGAUCCAACAUGUAUGUCAAUGGCUGCUAACCUAUGUGAAAUGCUUGCGUGUGUAGAUUUUUCAAGCCAAUGAACAUAUAUAUUCAUGUCGGUUAAUGCUCUCGCUUUAACCAGAGUUGUUUGUUAAACGUGCAAUUGAAUGUCACUAAUAUUGUGGUCUUCCAUGAUCGACAACGUUGCAGGUUUGUACUCUGUUUGACCAACAAUGAUGGAAGCUGUUUGUUCAACUCCUAUGCAUCGAUGGAGACUUGCUUAAGCAGCUGAUUCGGUUUUAUGAACUGCAACUUCACUGUGUGAGCUUAUGUAUCAUUUGUAUGCACUUCAACUUUGCAAUUAUAACUCCACAAUCUAAUCAGUUCUUUUCACAUUUGCAGAGCAACUGAAACUGACUCCGAGUGGCCCAACAUCACAAAGAGGUCAUAAUGCUAUGUUUGAAGAAGAGGAGAAGAGGAAGUACGAUAAAACACUUAUCUAUCUCUCUCUCUGUAUCACUCUUCAACUACAAACUAGAAAGAGGUAUGGUUAGGAUUUUAAUCUCGGUUAGGAUUAAUAUUAGUCUUCCGUUGAAUCCUAACUAAUGCUUCAUUUAAGUUCCCUUCUCUUCAGUUUCAAUUCCAACCAGUUCUGGUUACCAUGAGUACGUUCAAGUUAUCUUCACACUGUUGUUACUAUUUGAAAGUUUUGAAUUUAGUGCUAACCGUUCCUAUCUAAUCUACAAGUUGGGAAAGGCAGACAUGUAGGUCUGUUGGCCUGGUUAGAAGAUCAAAACUUGAGCAACAAUUUUAUCCUUCGGCAAAGGGCGAGUUGAGUUAUUAAUAGUCUGAGUUGCAUCUUGCUCACUUCAUCUACUGAAAUUGAAUACAACUUAUUUCCCGGGUGCCAUUGCUGAACUGCUUUCCAGUAAUGAAUUGCUUUUUUUUUUCUCUCUCUCCAGGUUUUUUUGGAAGCCAUUGUUGAGCUGCAAUAUUGGGUGACGAAUCUCACAGGGCAAUUUUGAUACAUACGAGAUUUAUUUCCGAUCACUCUUCAUCUAGAACUCGAUGUUAGAAUUCUGCUUCUCAUCUUAGUUUUAGAGUUUUGCUCGAUAUUUGCAAAUACAGUUCAACAUUAUUACUAGAUUUAGUGCAAUACUGAGAGGGAGAGUUUGGACUUGGUAAAGUAAUUUAUAAAGGUUGGCUCGACAACUGCAUGCAUCACAAUAUCCUUCUAUUUAUGUUGCAUAUCAUGGUCAAUUGGGUUGGUAUUGGAUCACAAUAAUUAGCUCUUGAAGUAUAUUUUAGAAGGAUUUUGACCAUCUUUGACCAACCAUUUGUUAGGUAUAUGCAGUUCGUUUGUAUGUGAAACUCUUGCUAACUAUUGUGGCUGUUAUUUGCUUUGUUUCAUGAGAGGUUAUGGUGCAUGCAAUUAAUUGUUUGGAUUGCUAUAGAACCAACGACAACCCAGUGAAAUAACUAAUUUUGAGGAGCUCCAUGCCUCUAUUGAUUGUUUGGACGAAUGGUAGUUUCAAUCAACUUUGAUUCUUCGAUUAUAUUAUAGUUUUGUUCAUGGUAAUGUUAGACACAAACCCACUGAGGUGAUUAUGCGAGGGUACGAAAGAUGAGGAAAAUGAUGAACCUUUGAAAAAGUAGAAUUUGGUGAUAAUUUUAAGCUUAUUAGGUUGAUUUGGAUGACGAUUGAAUAUUUAUUUCUUAUAAUGUUAAGAGCCAAUAAUUAUCGAGUUUCUAAAAAAUUCUAUAAAGCUUUAAAUACGUCCUGUGGCGUAGCCACGGGUAUUGAUUCUAGUAAAUAAAUUAAACUUGAGCAACUGAUUUGUCAUUGAUGCCAAAUUCUGGUGACCGUUUAUGUCAAUUGACCCGUUGUUUUCCUCUGCAAAAUCUCAGCAACUUUACAAGGAAGGUGCAAAGUUCUUCUGGGUGCACAACACAGGACCCCUUGGUUGCUUGCCAUAUUCCGUUAUAUACAACUCCGACCCUAACAACUUGGACGGAAAUGGCUGUGUGAAGUCUCGCAACAAUGCUGCUCAGGAGUUCAACAGACAACUCGAGCGCAAACUCUCCCAACUGAAGGAGCAGCUACCCCAUUCGUCUUUCACAUAUGUUGAUGUGUACUCAGCCAAGUAUCGACUGAUUAGUACGGCCGAAAAUCAAGGUUUUGUUCAUCCGAUGGAGUUCUGUUGCGGGAGCUACUACGGCUAUCACAUCGAUUGUGGGAAGAAAGCUGUGGUGAAUGGGACGGUGUAUGUGUUGGGAUCCCUCCUUAAUUGGAGAGUUUCUAGAGAAGUAAAUAAUUUCCUAGAAACAACCGGAGAACUCUAGAGAAGUAUAGAACUCUCUAGAAGCUUGUGGAACAGUGUGGAAUCCUCUGGAAUGUUCUGGAGAUGUGUGGAACCUUCCAGAACCUUAUGGAAGAGUGUGGAGGAGUAUGGAACCUUAUAGAGAUGGAGCCUUCCCUAGAUAAUUCUAGAGAAUAGAUAUUUGUAUGUAGA